AUGGAUCGCGUGUUGCGUGAAGUGGAUCACUUCGCGUUACCCUACUUGGAAGACAUUGCCAUUUUCUUGGACAGUUGGGAAGAACAUCUCAACCAUAUAAGAGAGGUGUUGACGCGCUUGCGGCACGCGGGGCUGACGAUUCCGUGCGAUAAGAAGUGCCACCUGGCACAACACGAAAAAACAGCGGGACAUCAAGCGAACGCAAAACGCCACGUGCCCUCACUGUCUAGGCAGUCAUUUUUGAGAGAAAACCUCACGGAUGGAAAGAAGAACGCAUUCUACGCAGACUUGUGCGAAGCCUUAGUAGCCGCAAAUAUUCUGUGGACGAAAGUAGAAAACCCAGUUUUCAAAACAUUCUUACAAAAAUACUCCAGUCACACCGUACCGUCGGAGUCGACUCUGUGCAAGAACUACCUGCAGCCCAUGUUCGAGGAAACAUUGAAGAAAAUCAGAGAUGAACUUGAGGACUCAUGCAUUUGGGUCUCCGUAGACGAGACGACAGAUGCGACUGGACGCUUUGUCGCGCACAUCAUGGUUGGGAAGCUCAUAGCAGACGAGAGAACAACGCCUUUUCUUGUGUGCUGCAAGACGCUAGAGAGAACAAAUGGGGAGACCGUGGCGUACUUUGUUAACACGUCCUUGAAGGUGCUAUACCCUACUGGAGUGGAAGACAGCAGGGUGCUACUUUAG